CUUAAUUAUUUUGUGUGGCUUUCAAAAUAGGACUCGCCGAAACUGCUCUACUUGAUAUGACGGCUGCCAAUAUACAACAGCAGCGUAUUAUCAACGACCAGCUGAGAAGGGAAGCGAAAAUACAUCGCAGACGUGUUUCUGAAAGAUGCAAGGAUAUGAUUACAUACAUGAGAGAUCAUGCCAAUGAGGAUUACCUCUUGAAUGGAUUUCCCAAUCAAAAUCUAAAUCCAUUUCGGGAAAAAAGUGCAUGUAGUGUUUUAUAA